AAUCUUUGUAUAAUAAUAAGCAACGACUAAUGCAGAUUGGUCAAAACUAUUCCUCUUUUCACCGACUGGCGCCCAUUGCUUCCACCGGAGGGUACUGUAUCGAAUAUUAUUUACUGCAAUAUUUUAAUCGUCGUACAUCUUCAUCGAUUGGGGUUUCAAGUUUCUCUAGAAUGUUUCUUCAAAAUGUUUAAUAUUAGUGCUCCCUAGUACACUCUGGAUAUUGGCCAUCAGAUCAGUACUUUGCGCCCAAUAUGAGUAUGUUCCAGUCUUGAAAUUAUAUUUAAGUAAUCGCACAUUCUCAUGGAUUGUUUGUACAUUCCCCUGUCGGCCAGUCUAACGAGCUCUGCAUACGUUCGGCCUUUCACUUUUUGUCUGUAAAAGGUUUCCGCUGCCCUUUUCAAAACUCAGUACCGUUUUUAUAAAGUUAAAAUAUCAGUCCCACGCGCAAUGCAUUUGCACUCCACUUAUUUCGAUCUGUCUCGAAGUUGUAGAGUAGCAAAGUAUUAAUAUUUAGACACACGUCUUUUUCUCAUCGGGACAUGGAUGCAAUUCAUUGAUAUAAUAUGUAGAAAAACCGCGAAAUAAACGACGCUACUUUGCAGCAGAGUCUCGUCCUUUUAUAGGGCCACAGUAGUAUGUGUCAUCAGGAUUUAUUAUUUUCCAACUUUUGUUCUCUGUCCUAUCGCAUCGCGCCUCUGGAUACUAACAAACAAGUCCACCAGCUGAGCAGCAAGAGGUCUGACUUACUUUGAUCUCGGCGCUGCUAAUUACGAAAGUAUGUAUGUCACUGACCUUACGCACUAAAUUUCUUUUGUAUGAGAAUACCCGGAAUAAGUUUUAGAUAAAGAUAUCAAACAAAUAAAUACAUAAUUGUUGAUAGCAGAGAGCACAUGUUCGUAGUGGAUCUCUUUAUCUUGCAUUUCUUCCACUCUUUUCUCUCUCUUUAUUCUCUCUCUUUUCUUUUUCUUCUUUCACCUUUUCUGGUGCUACAUUGAUGAGUACUAUAAAUGGAAACAAAAGUUUAUGCGCAGCAAAACAAAAUUGAUAAAGAUACAGGAAAAGCAACUCACCACAAUGCAAUAGAGAAACAAUUUUUAAAUGCAAUGUGUACACAAAAAAAAAGAAUAAAUAAAAAUGAAACACUUUAAACCGGUAUUCUCCUAAAUAUACAAUGAUAUAGUCACUCUCAAGCAAACGCAGCUGAGUACUGUCGCUAUGAUGAGCUAUGAACUAGUCGCGUAUUGUACUUCCUAGCGUGUGGUUGCAUUUAAUAUCGGAAUACGAAAACAAAAUUAUAUUUUGCAUUAGAUAACGAAAACAAAAGCGAUAAAAAAUAUUCUUUCACUUCAGUAAUAGUUCAAAAAGCCCUAUUAUCUGAUAGAUUAUAUUUAAAAGGAACAUAACGGAAAUCAGUUUGAAGUAAUUAAAAGAGACAAGGGGAACGUGUUUGUUGUGUAUCGUAAACAUGUCGAAUUAUUCUACAGGCACCGCAGUGUUAGUGCAUACAACACAGGGUACUGUCAAAGGUCAAUGCAACACAAGCGUUUACGAUGAUGUCUACUACAGUUUUGAAAGUAUACCUUUCGCUCAGCCACCUCUAGGUGCAUUGCGUUUCAAAGCACCCGUGCGCGCCUCCCCCUGGCCAGGUGUGUUGGAUUGCACACAAAAGGCUAAAAAGCCACUACAAAAACAUCCACGUACAAAUGAAAUUGAAGGCGAUGAAGAUUGCUUAUAUUUAAAUAUAUAUGCGAAAAAGCUGAAAUCCGAAAAACCGCUACCAGUUAUGGUCUUCCUUUAUGGCGGUGGCUUUGAAAAAGGCGAUCCGACGCGUGAUCUACAUGGACCGGACUAUUUUAUGAUGAAGGAUGUAAUACUAGUCACAAUUGCCUAUAGACUUGGACCGUUGGGUUUCCUCAGUUUAACUGAUCCCACAGUUGGCGCACCUGGUAAUGCUGGCCUUAAAGACCAACUACUUGGCUUACAAUGGGUAAAGGAGAAUAUAAGUGAAUUUAACGGUGAUUCACACAACAUAACACUCUUCGGCGAGAGUGCUGGUGCCGCUUCCACACAUUACAUGAUGCUCACACCGCUGGCAAAGGGACUAUUUCACAAGGCUAUACUCAUGUCUGGCACUGUUCUCUGUCCAUGGGCACUAUCACCGUUGAAGAACUUACCACAACGUUUGGCACAAGUAAAUGGCUACACUGGCAAUGGUGACGAUGAAAGUGUACUUGAGUAUCUGCAGAAAUUACCUGCUGAAGAACUGGUGCGACCAUAUAUACUUACAAAAGAGGAGAACAUGGAUGAUUGUCUAUUUGCUUUCGGACCAGUUAUUGAGCCGUACUUAUCGGCAAUGUGUAUUGUGCCAAAACAUCCGGCUGCCAUGUUUGCUGACGCCUGGGGCAACGAUAUACCCAUCAUAAUGAGUGGCACCUCCUUCGAGGGUCUAUUGAUGUUUGCGCGUGUGCACAUGGCACCAUAUCUGCUGCAUGAAUUGAAUGAAAAUCAUCAACAUAUGUUGCCGUUGGAAUUGAAACAGAAACAUGAUAUUGAGAAGCAAAAAGAGCUGGCGGCCAAAGUGAGAGAAGCACAUUUUGCUGAAAAAGAAUUGCGUAUGGAACAUUUAUUAAAUUAUUGUGAGUAUGCUUCUUAUAAAGUAUUCUGGCAUCCUAUACUCCGAACAAUAAAGGCACGCCUACGCUAUGCCCACGCUCCCACCUAUCUAUAUCGUUUCGAUUUUGAUUCGCCACACUUUAAUCACCAACGUAUCGGCUAUUGCGGCAAGGAUGUGCGCGGCGUUUCACAUGUGGAUGAUCAUUCAUAUCUUUUCUACGGUGAUUUUGCUUGGAAGCUAGAGAAAGAUACUCCAGAAUUUCGCACGAUUCAGCGGAAAAUUGACAUUUGGACAUCGUUUGCAGAGAAUUCAGAUCCGAACUGUGAAAAUCUUGGUGGAAACCAGUGGGCACCACUGCAGGUGGAUGGAAAAUUGCAUUGUUUAAAUGUGAGCCACGAUUUGGCAGUUAUCGAACUUCCGGAGGUGCACAAAUUGCAAAUAUGGGACAGCUUAUACGAGGUGGCAGAGGAAUGAUAACCAAUAUAAAGUUUGGAGAAAUUCAUAAUGUGAUUGGCUUCAUAACACAGUAUUUUCUGAAAAAGAAUUUUUUUACAACAUUUGUAAUUAAAAUACAUAUUUUUAAAAUCA